AAAAGGAAUGCCCAGCUGUAUAACGCGGAAGUAUUUAUCUCAACCACAUAUUCGCUGAACGAAGAAUAUCGCAUUACGAUGUCGCCAACUAGGAAGAAAAUUAUUUUAGUUCAGUGUUUCAGACUGGUAUCAUCAUAGUGGAAUAUAAAGUUUAAGAAUGGCAGUUUGGCAGUCCUGUUCCGGGGGAAAUAUCCCUCCAUCCGCUGUGAGGGCCGGAUAUGAGGCAGAUGGCCAGCCACUUUUUGUCGCCCGGGCGCGAAUGAGCGAUGGCGCAAUGACGCCAGGCAAGGCCAGCCGCAAACUACCAGGAGCUCAUAUCCCAUGGGGAGGCAAAGAGAACAUCGUGCAAAACUAUGAAAUCCUCGUACAACCAGUGGACGCCGUCGGGCACUAUGAGUGGCAGCGUUGCCAUGGCGGCAGUGUUCCCCAUAAUGCCUUGUCGACGGACAGAGGAAUGUACGUAGCCCGCUGCCAUCAUGAAGGCGGUUUGGUUCCAUGCAAAGUACACAUUGACCACGGCUGCGCGUAUAUUCCGUACGGAGGCGAGGAACGGAGCUGCAGCGAAUACGAAGUGUUCUGUCGCGUCAAAUAGCGACACCUGGCGUUCGCUUCAACUGAAAAUAUACUGACAUACUGUCAUGCAUAAGGAAAUAAUUGACAGACGUUUGUGAUAGUAUCCGUGGGUUUAUUUUCAGAGUUUUAAUGUUAAAUGAAAAUUUAUAUUAUUUCAUACUGGAGAGUAUAUGUAUGUUACAAUAACGCUGAUGCAGUAAA